CGUGAAGCAGCCCACGGGAAGCAAACCACGAUCGUAUCACCUUCCCCUUAAACUUGUGCAAUUGUCAGGCGACGAAAAUGAAGACCGUCAUCAUAACCGCCUUGCUGCUCAUGUUAUCGUAUAGCCAUGCAAUCGAGAGAGGACGGGAUUACAUGAGAGACAAAAUCUGCCAAGAAUUCAACAACUUGGGAAAGGACAAAUUCCGUUCUCUAGCAAUUAUCAUGAACAGCAGGAAGUAUACCAACAGCACCUUUGAGGAAGUCAAGAGUAUCGUGGUGGAGAUUGUCGCCCUUGCAGAAAAAUGCUGCGUUGAAGGAGCCGACCCGGAAUGCUACACAACGGAGUCUUUAGCACUCUCGGCCAAAUCCUGCAACCCAAAUAACCCUUUCCCGAAGCAUCCAGGGACAGCUGCCUGUUGCCGCGAGGAAGGCCUUGAACGAAAGCUGUGCCUGGCAGCCUUGAAGCACCCACCCAAGGAGUUCCGUACAUAUGAGGAGCCAUCCAAUGAGGAAUUAUGUGGGGCCUUCAGAAAGGACCCCCAGGACUUUGCAGACAAGUUUCUGUAUGAGUUUUCCAUUGACCAUAGCCAUACACCUUUGCCACUCUUGAUCGCCUCCACAACGACCUACUUGUCCAUCGUCGGAACGUGUUGUACCCAUGAUCAACCCACGGUCUGCUUCUUAAAAGAGAGGCUGGAGAGGAAGUCUCUCAGGAUGCUCACUGAUCUGUCCAACAAAGCGUGCUCCCGCUAUUCCGUGUUUGGGAAAGAGAAAACAAAACUCAGCUAUUUCAUAACAUAUACUCAGAAAAGUCCAAUUGCUUCUGUUGAGGAUAUCUUAUCCCUCGCUGAAGAUGCUUCUGAAGUGCUUGCCAAGUGCUGUGAUUCAUUGGAAGAAGACUGCAUCCAGAAGGAGGUGUCAAACCACACUGCCAAAAUCUGCAAUAAACUCUCAACCCAAGAUAAAAGAAUUAACAACUGUUGCCAAGGAGAUUGUGGCUUGCAAAAAUAUGUAUGCAUAUAUUCCCUGCCAUGGGACAAGAAUACCGACAGUUCAAAUGUUGCAAGUCCGACUCCUGAAUGCCUGUGCAAUGUGGACUGUAGACAGCGGGAAAUUUAUAAGUAUAUACACCGCUUUGCCCAGACAUUUACGUAUGCACCAGAAGCUCUUCUCGUUGCCCUGUAUGACGAUAGCCAAACAGUGGCGAAUAGUUGUUGUAGCACGGAGGACCCCGCUGCUUGUUUUGCAGGAAAGAAACCACCGACAAAGUUAUUUGAAUUGCUUUCAAAAGGAAAUGAAAUGUGUGGAGCUUACACAACUCAUACUUUCCUGGAUUUCAAGAAGAGGCUAAGAGAGCACUAUCACAAGGCGCUUCCCAGUGCCUCUGAAGAUACCAUUUCUGGGCUGGUCGAGCAAAGGGCUACGUUUGCAUCCACUUGCUGCCAUUUGAACGCACCUCCAUCCUAUUGCGGGUUGAAGGUUCAAAGUGAAGUGGCUUACACAUGCACCAGUGAUGACUGCUUGGCCCAGAAUUAAUUGUGAGAAUAUGACUUCUUUCUUCUGGAGCAGGGAAGGCUCAGGUGCAGCGCGAAAAGACUUUCUGUUUGCACACAGAACCUAGAUUUUGCUGAGUCAACGCUGCUGAGCUCUGAACACAUCUCUCUGUCUAGUUUUCUAGAAACCUGACUAGGGCAUAUUGGCAUCUUAAUAAAACCUGUAUUCAUAUUUCCA